AUGCAUGAAUCUAUUACAUUAAGUUUGACUGGAAAUUCAACUGUAUUAUCUGUAAAUUAUUUUCCACCUAUAAACCUUUACGAUGACUCAGAAAUAGCUUUGUUAUGUUUACAGUCAUUUAAUUUAUUCCCAAAUAUGAAUGAAAAUAAUAAUAAAUUUUCUAUACAAGUAGUUGAUAAUGAAAACAAUAAUAAUCCUAUGAUAUGUUUUAUUACAUUGGAAGAGGGUUGUUAUGAAAUUGAAGAUAUUAAGGAUCGAGUUAAGAAGCAAAUAGUUGCCUAUAAUAGUAAAAACUUGACCAAUUUAACAUUCGACAUUACGGUUGAUCCUGAUGAUUUCAGAUCGUAUAUAAAAUGUAAUGGGAUACUACACUUUGAAUAUCCAUUUAGUAUAGCACCUGUAUUCGGUUUUGAAAAACGAGUAUAUAAUCCAUACAACAUUCUUCGAUCGGAAAAAGCUGUAAAUUUAAACACAAUUAAUUCUAUAAAAGUAAUGUGUAAUAUAGCUCAAGGAUCAUUCAGCAACCAUCUUCAGAGUCAUUCGAUUUAUGAGUUUUUCCCGAGUGGAAAGACAGGGUCGAAAGUAAUUCAGGCACCGCCAAAUUUAAUAUAUUACAAAUUGAAUAAAACAAAUAUUGAUUCGAUAACCGUUCAGUUAGUUGAUCAAGAUCAUAAUCCGAUUGAUAAUUUUGGUGAGGCAUUGACAAUCGUGUUACAUAUUAAACGUUACGGGUCUUGA